GCCCUUUCAGAUAGUGUGCUUAUCAAUCACGUUCUUUGUUAUUUUUCCUACCCUGGACUCUGCUUGUUGUUGGACAAUGUCAGCUUCGGUCAUGGGUGGCUCUGGAGAAAGAAAACAAGUGAAGAAACCUGCACAAGCGGGCUCGAGAAAAGGGUGCAUGAGAGGAAAAGGAGGUCCGGAGAAUGCUCUCUACACUUUCAAAGGCGUAAGGCAAAGAACUUGGGGCAAAUGGGUGGCUGAAAUUCGUGAACCCAACCGUGGUGGUCGUCUUUGGCUUGGAACUUUUGACACCGCUCUUGAAGCUGCUAUGACUUACGAUGCUGCCGCACGUAAACUCUACGGCUCGGAUGCCAAGUUAAACUUGCCACACUCAAGUGUUAACCCUCACCAUCCACCACCCAAUUCUCAGCUCGCGGCAAUAGGGAACCGACCUAUAAACACCGCCACGAGUUCAUCAAAUAACCCAAUUAUUAUCAGGGUCAAUGAUGCAACUCCGUUGAAUAAAAAUGAUUCAGUUGACUUGUGUUUCCCCAACGAGAACAUUGAUUCUCCAUGGAACAUGGCGGAGAACAAUGCCAAAUUUGGGGGGAGUGAAGAUGAAAGCGGUGGGUUUUGGGAGAACAUGAGUGUGAACUUGCCUGUUUUAGACUCCAUUUGGGCAGAAGCUGCUAGGUCGUUAGAUUUUGCAAUGAUCCCAGGCAUUCUUGGUACCAAUCUUGUCGAUGCCACUGGCUGGGACGCCUUGCAAUCCCCAUGGUGCAUGUAAAACUAAAAACUAGCUUUUAGCUACAUCAAAUGUCUAUACACUUAUAGUUCAUAA